UCAUAUGCGCAUACAACAAAAUAAUGUCCUCUAAUUCGAACGACAUCCAAGACGAUGAACAAGAACUCGAUGAUCUAUUAGCUAACUUAUCCUUGGAUCCUGCAUACGAUCAGAUCGUCACGGAAAUCGGUGCUCUACGAUCUAUCUACGGCGAAGGCAGUAACGACUCCAUAAGAGUCUGGAAGCCUACUAAUGGUGACCGGAACGGUGCACUCAGUCCAGACGAUAAAGCGUCGGUGCGAUACGAGGUUCACCUAAGGCGCGUCUUCCUCUUCCCUGCUUGUCUACAACCAACAUCGUACUCAAAUCUUUACAGCUUACCACCACCCCACUCCUCCCCAGAAAACAAAUUCAAAGUCCUCGUCUCCCUCCCAUCAACCUACCCCUCCUCUUCCCGUCCCCAGCUCCAACUCUUAUCAAAAUACAUCGGCCCAUUCAGCGUAGACUCAAACCUCUUCGGCUCCGUCCUCCGUACGUUCAUCUCCUCGCAGGAUGGCGUAGAGUGGACACCCGGAACAGAGUGUAUCUUUGACGGAUUAGAAAAUGUUCGUGAACGCGUGGCGAAGUGGUUUGAGGGGCGUGUUAGUGAAGAGGCGGCACUCAACUUUGUCAGGGAGGAUGAAGCAGAAAGGAUUAACGAGAGUAAGCCUUCUACUUCAACGAACGCCAGAAAGAUUGUUGGAAUCGCCUCUAAGGAGCCCGAGCCGUUACCCAAGGGCCUUGUCUUGAGCGUGUCAGAGCCGAUUGUGGACCGGAAGAGCGUGUUUGUUGGGAGGGCGUGUCGAAUAUCGGAUCCGUCUCAGGUCACUGCAGUCUUAACGCACCUGAUGUCUGAUAAACGAAUAGCGCGAGCUGCCCAUCCAAUAAUUAACGCUUGGAGAUGUAAAGUAAACGGAACACUUCACCAAGACAACGACGACGACGGAGAAACCGCCGCAGGCGGCCGUCUAGCUCACCUCCUACAAAUACUAGACGUAACCGACGUGCUCGUAAUCGUCACCAGAUACUUCGGCGGAAUCCAUCUAGGUCCAGACCGUUUCAAACAUAUCAACCAAGCUGCUCGGAACGCUUUGGAUCUUGGAGGGUACUUAGACGCGCCACUGGAUGAGAGUAGGAAGAAUUCGUCGAGGUUGAAGAAGAAAGGGUGAAGGAUUUAUAAACAAGUAAAUUAGAUUUUGGAUACACAUUUAGAAGCAAAGUGAGAC